AUGUCGUGGCAAGCAUACACCGAUAAUUUGGUUUCCACCGGUAAAAUCGAUAAGGCAGCGUUAUAUUCGAGGGCUGGGGAUUCAUUGUGGGCUCAAUCAUCAAACUUCCAAUUGAACCCAGCAGAGAUCACAGGCAUUGCUAAGGGAUUUGAUGAUGCAUCAGAUUUACAAGCCCACGGUUUGCAUGUUCAGGGCCAAAAAUAUUUACUUUUGAGGGCUGAUGACAGAUCUAUCUACGGUAGACAAGAAGCCGAGGGGGUUGUUGCAGUUAGAACGAAACAAGCGAUCUUGAUAGCCCAUUAUCCAGCGGGAGUUGUUGCAGGUGAAGCAACCACUGUUGUUGAAAAAUUGGCGGACUAUUUGAUUAGUGUUAAUUAUUAA